GAGAGCGACAGAGAGAGAGAGCAUCAAGUCACCAGAAGAGGAUCCACCAUCCACACACUGUAAGGUACAAUUGCCACAAGGAGACUAUAUUCCUCUAAAAUAAUGGAUGGGACAAAGCCGGCCAUGGAGUCCAACGCGGAGGAGACUCAGGACGAGGGGCAGGAGAGCAAAGGAUGCUUCGAGUGCUGCAUCAAGUGUCUGGGCGGGGUGCCCUACGCGUCGCUCGUGGCCACCAUACUGUGCUUCUCGGGUGUGGCCCUGUUCUGCGGCUGCGGCCACGUGGCGCUGACCAGCACCCUGACCAUGCUGGAGAACCACUUCUCCACGGUGACCAGCGACCACGCCACCCUAACCUUGGUUAUCCAGAUCUUUCAGUACAUCAUCUACGGUAUCGCCUCCUUCUUCUUUGUCUACGCCAUCAUCCUGUUGGCUGAGGGAUUUUACACCACCAGCGCCAUCAAGAAGGAGCUGCAGAGCGACUUCAAGACCACCGUCUGCGGGCGCUGCAUCACCGCCUUCUUCAUGUUCCUGACCUACAUCCUAGCUCUAAUCUUCCUCGCCAUCUUCGGCUUCACGGCGAUUCCCGUUUUCAUCUUCUUCAACAUGUGGAAUACCUGCGCUGCCCUGAAGUCUCCUGAUUCCAACCUUACCUCACCUGGGUCAGUCUGUGUGGACGUCAGGCAGUACGGUAUUAUUCCCUGGAACGCCACGCCGGGAAUAGCUUGUGGAUCUACUCUGGGAGAGAUCUGUAACACCAGCGAGUUCUACCUGUCCUACCAUCUGUACAUCGUCGCAUUAGCUGGUGCUGGAGCCACCGUCAUCGCAUUGAUCCACUACCUGAUGAUUCUGGCAGCUAACUGGGCUUAUCUGAAGAGCGCCGUCACCACACACGAGUACCAGGACAUCAAGACCAAGGACGACCAGGACCUGGAGGCUGAGGCGCGCUCUAAGGAGGGCCAGAACUCCUCCUCCUACUCAUAAGGACAGGAGAUUCUCUUCCGCCACCACCCAUCUCCUCUCCACCUCAGCUCCCACCCCACCACACCCAGCACCCACCCCCUCCCUCUGUUAAAAGAAAAGCUCGGCCAUGUUCAGCCCCCACCUCCUGAUUCUCCAUCCUCUUCUCCUCCGUGAUGUUUGUUAAGAGUUGUGGGUGCGCGCUCACACCAGAGGGGCAGAGAAUAGAGGUUCAGGAGAAGCUGCAGGCCCAGACGGAGGCAGAUGCUUCGAAACGAGUGAGCUCGCCCGUCGGGGUUGAGCUCAGGUAUGGUACAUCAUUUCAGAAGUGUCUCCUACCCCGUGCUUUUGGGCGGCGGUUCACGAACGUGGCCCGGCUGUGAUGGCCUCGCGCCCUGAGCCAGCACAGCCUCUCAAUACACAGCUCCUAACAGCCUAAAAAACAUUGUUCACUGUCUGUUUCAGCCACAGGGAAGCCAGGCAGCGACCAACUUCCUCUGUUUUUUUGGUGUUUUAUAUGCAUAUAUAUAUGAAUAUGAAUAUAUUGUGCGAAUGUGUAUGAAUGUUGUUGUUUUUUUAAUACGCUCUGAAAAGUAUGCCAGGUACUAUUAUGAUCUAUCUUCUUUGUUUUUGCGCUCAUAUUUUUCUUUCCUUUACUUUUCUCUCCAUCUUUAACUUUUUAUUGCUAAUACUAAAUACAAUUGUUGCACUAUUGAAGAAACAAAAACAUAAGGGGAAGCGAAAAUCCCCUCGCUUAAAGAAAACCCUAAAAGUCUCGAGGAAUAUUGUGCAUUUCAUGAUCACAGCUUAUUCAUUCACCGAUAUAUUAAGUUACCUUCUGAUCAGAGGUGUAGCAAAGGUUUUUAAAAGAAAAAACAUACACUCAGCUUGUAGUUUUAACACUUUUUCUUUUAAAUUGAACAAAAAUGUGAUUAAUUAAGGAGCUUAACUGAGAGCCAGGCUGUUUAAGUGUUUAGGCUGAACAGCUGCCGCUGAUAUUUCCUGCUCCAACAUGAGAUCAGUCUCAUUCUUGUCUACUGUAAGUCUUGGGAAAAUAAAAAAAUAUAUAAUUGAAGCAGUUUCCCAAAUGCAAGCCGUUCUUUUAAAAGCCUUCAUAAUUAUUGCUACACUCACCACCAGCGUCAGCAGAAUUCUUCUUACACAAAUAGACACACACCUCAGGUAACAAACCAAUCAGAUUUUUAUCCUUUUAUCCUGCACUUUUUCCAAGUGCUCGCCAUUUUAACACUACCAUCCCUGGAUUGGUACGCUGUCCUGUGUGAAUUGAACUAAAAUUCCUCGUUUUUUGAAGUUCACCUGUAAAUAGCUGAAUUGCCCUGAAACAUCUGGAUUCAUGUCUCUCCCAAAACAGGAGGAACACAAUCAGUGGUUUGCCAUGUUCUUCUAUUAUUUUUUUCCACAAAUAUUUGUAAAUGUACCCUUUGAAUUAUGUGUUUAGCACUCAAAUACUAGUUCUGCAUUUGAUAUAAUAAUUGUAACGUAACAUCUUAAAUGCUAUGUUGUGAGAGGGAUACCGUGAUAUGACAUGAUGGGUGGAGGUGCUUGUGAUGUAAACAUUUAAAACAUGAAAAAAAGGAAAUAGAUUUUUAAUGUUUUAUCAGUUUUAGGCAGCUGAAUUCUUCUUGUGAUUCAGUAAUAAUGAUUUAAUGGAACUGUCUGAGCUUAUUUUUCAAUGACUGUCCAAGUGAGUGACCUAUCAACACGUGAGUUGAGGAAAAGUCACUUUUUUUCUUUAUUUUUGAUUACAUUUUUUGAACGUCAUGCCUCAUAUGAGCCACAGAGACUGUUUUGGAUGUUUACACUCUGAAUAAAACAAGUCAGGAAUUUUCAUACAUUCAUUUUAUAAUCAGAUAUUGUUUAGUAAUCUUAAAAUAUCUUCUAUAUUAUCAUCACUGGUAAGUUUACCCUCAAAAAAACAUAUAAGAAGACACAUUUUUGACCUUUGAUGAGAUGAAGCAUGUCAGUAUUGUCCAUGUGUGCAGCUGUCUAUUCUGUAUAAAAAAGGACUAUAUUGCCAUGUGUGUUAUGUUUGAUAAAUAUACGUGCUUUGCCGCCAGAUUGAUGUAAAGGCAAACUUCAAUUUCCUAUAAGACGAUGCGUGUCAGGGUGUUGUUGUUUCCUUGUUAUUUGCAUGAAGGAGACAUGACUGUGUCUUCGCAGUUUUUCAGGUGAUGUGUAGUCAAUUGUACUGACAACUAUGGUAGGCGGUGUUUGCCCCCUCCUUCUCCACACCUCCCCUCCCCACUUUUUUUCUAAAGAAAACUCCAUUGUACUUUGAUGGCAUUGUAGUCCCUGUAGGUGUUUCAUUAUGGUUUUUCUUUUUUAAGUUGGAAAUAGUUCUAUGACUCCUAUAUAGUGAUGAUUUUUGUAACCUUCUCUAGUAAAACCGAUAUUUUUUAUUAUCGUGA